UGAGGACAACGGAAAUAAGUCAAACCUGCAGCGUCGCAAUGUCCAGUUCCGCCCUUGUUUUCCUCUUGGCUCAAAUUUUUCUUUUAUUCAAUCUUUUUUGGUCGUUUACUCUGAAAAAUUGCACCAUGGAGUUCUCCGAGACAGUCAUGGUGUUGUGCCAACAGCGCCUCCUGCAGGAGAUACCGGACGACGCGCCCCUGAACUCCGAAGUGCUGGAUGUGAGCUCCAACCAAAUUUCACAAAUAAAGAGUCCUGAUUUAAAAAGAUUGACCCAACUCACCAUUUUACUCCUAACUCAGAACCGUCUUUGUCACAUCGAUGAUGAAGCUUUCGUGAAUUUAAAAAAGUUGAAAAUUUUGAAUCUUUCCCAAAACAAGCUCACAAACCUGACGGGGCUCGUGUUUGCGGGCUUAAACACACUUACUUCACUGAACCUCGCGCACAACCACAUCUCACAAAUCGCCCCAAACGUUUUUGAGCCUUUGUCCAGUUUAACCCACGUCCACUUCCAUCAUAAUUACAUCAGAAACCUCACAGACGUCGCAGCGGUUUUUUCACUUCCAAACAUAGAGCUGGUCUCUCUGAGCAACAACCGUCUAACGUCCUUCGAUUCUGAUGAGCUUCCGUUUAAUUCAUCAAAUAUCAGGAUCAUCUCCUUCGAGUACAACAAAGUACAAACGUUCAGCUUAAAACGAGAUAUUUUCCCACAUCUACAUUCAAUACAACUGACAGGAACCCGACAGUUCGAGUGGCACGUGGCCAGUGACGCAUUUUUAAGUAAUGUGACCAAUAUAUCUUUGAGCAGAGUUAGCCUAGCUUCUUUCAGCGCUAUCCUCAGCAGCACGCCCGCUUUACAAGACCUCACGCUAGAAUCUAUAGAACAACGAUCCCUGAAACAGUUUGUACAAGUCGCCUGUUUAACGACAUCCAUUAAAACACUCACUCUCACUUUUCUCACGCUGCAGUCUACAGACGAUCAGCUCUUCCAGCCGUGUUCGCGACUUUAUGAGCUCAAGUUGCCGUUUAAUAACAUGGAGCAACUAUCAAACCAGUCAUUAAAAUCGCUCACCCAACUAAGACUACUGCACAUCACCCACAAUCAGCUGCAGAAAGUCCCUGUGACCGUUUGUCAACUGUGGACUCUGGAGGAACUGGAUCUGAGCUACAACUCCAUCCGUGAGAUCAGUUGCCUGGACUUUGCCAGUUUAGCCAAUCUGACCUCGCUGAGCCUAAGGAGAAACCACAUAGUUCACCUGGAGGAGUGCUAUUUUCAGAAGCUGCACAGUCUGGAGAAACUGGACCUGGGACAUAACCCCGUGCGUACGAUUGAAAGCGCGUUCCGAGUCGGUCUGUGGCAUCUCCAAGUGUUACUUUUGAACCAAAACAUGGAUCGAUUCACGCUCAGACCAGGAGCGUUCAGGAAUCUGACUUCGCUGCGUGUUCUAAACCUAAAGUCGACCAACUACAUAUUUACACUUGACGGCGUUUUCGAAGGAUUGGAGAAACUCGUGCGUUUAGUAAGUUGGACAAGUACGAUGACGAGGGAGUUUUUUGGAGGGCUGCGAGAUUUAAAAUAUCUGGAACUACACAUAAAAUCAUUCUACGUGAACACUCGGGCCGAUCGAAACAGCUCAGACGAGCCGCCGUUUUCAAACUUACACAACCUAACGGAGCUUUUGAUUUUUGUGGACCCGGCAUUCACUGUAGACUUUUCUCCAGAUCUGUUCCAGGGACUUAAAUCUUUGGUCUCUUUAAAAGUGGAGUAUUUCUUCCGAGCGUCGAUUCACCCGAGAAUGUUCACGCACACGCCACUCCUGACCAGCCUCUCCAUCACCAACAGCGACUUCUCCUUUCUGUCACCGGAAGUUUUCAAUCCGAUAACAAAACUCCAAACACUCGAUCUCUCCAAAAACAAACUGAACACGCUGCAUUUCCUGGGCAAACUCCAUGCGCUCCAAAUGCUCGUCGUCCAGGAAAACCGUCUUUCCAUCAUAAACGAAACGCUUUUCCAAACUCUCCCAUCUCUGACGUAUUUGGACUUAUCUAAAAACGCAUUGUUUUGUGACUGUCUCAACGCCGCGUUUCAGGAGUGGGUUCGUAGCAGUAACCGGACGCAGGUAGUGGGUGGGGCCACGUACCAGUGCCUGUCUCCAGUCACCCAAUCAGAGCAGAGGUUUUUGGACUUCGAUACGCGCCUGUGCACGAUCGAUUUUGGGUUCAUCUUCUUCGCUGCAUCCUCCUCCAUGACUUUGCUCACUUUGGUCAUAUCCUUGGUGUAUCACUUUCUAAGAUGGCCGCUGACCUACGCGUACAACCUGUUUUUGGCCUAUCUCUACGACACUAAGCAGCGACGGAGGAACGCCGCAGACCGCUACGACGCGUUCAUCUCCUACAAUGCCCACGAUGAAGAGUGGGUCUACAACGAGAUGCUCCCCGUCCUGGAGGGACACCAGGGCUGGAGGCUGUGUCUGCACCACCGCGACUUCCAGCCAGGCAAACCGAUCGUGGAGAACAUCACAGACGCCAUUUACAGCAGCAGGAAGACUCUGUGUGUGAUCAGCCGCCACUACCUCCAGAGCGAGUGGUGCUCCCGAGAGAUCCAGAUGGCCAGCGUGCGCCUGUUCGACGAGCACAGAGACGUGUUGGUCCUCCUGUUCCUGGAGGAGCUGUCUCCAUGGCGACUGUCGCCGUACUACCGGAUGAGACGCCUGGUGAAGAAGCGCUCGUACCUCAGCUGGCCCCGGGCGUCUCAGCACAGAGACGUGUUCUGGCAAAAAGUCCAGCAGGCCCUGCAGACCGACGCCCACCCUGAUGACAACCACAGGAUCGUCCAAUCAGAGGAGGAGUAACACCACAGCGUCCAAUCAGAGGAGGAGUAACACCAGAGCGUCCAAUCAGAGGAGGAGUAGCACCAGAGCGUCCAAUCAGAGGAGGAGUAGCACCAGAGCGUCCAAUCAGAGGAGGAGUAACACCAGAGCGUCCAAUCAGAGGAGGAGUAGCACCAGAGCGUCCAAUCAG